UCCAAAAAUAAUUUAAAAAAAAAAAAGGAAAAAUACCUUAAGCGACACCGUUUAGAGUUGUGCCCUUCCACCCUCGUUUCUUUUUUUGCCUCAUCUUCUUCUCUAAAACGUCGCUCCUCCCCGUCCCAGGCCUAACCGUUUUCAUUUUCUUUUUCCCUCAAAUUUUAUUCAAACCAAACUACGCCUAUCUGUUUUUGAAAUUUAAAACUAAAAACUACUAAAAUUCUCUGUACAAAACCAUUAAAUUUUUUUUUUCAAAAUCUUCGUUUCAAUUUUCUCUGCUUCUUUCCCUAGAACCAAACAGAAAGUUGUUUUUGUUUUUGACUAAAAUGGCUUUAGGGCACAAAGGUUCGGCAAAUCCGGCGGCUGUGCUUGCUUCUCUCAUGACCAAAAGAGAGAAGCUUCAAAACGAGCUUCGCAAUAUCGAAAAGCAGGUUUAUGAGUUAGAGACUAAUUAUUUGCAAGAUUCGAGCCAUUUUGGGCAUGUUUUGAAAGGAUUCGAAGGGUUUCUUUCUUCAUCCAAGAACACAACAAACUUAAAGAGGUCCAGAAAAUUUCAGCCAGAAGAUAGAUUGUUCUCUUUGUCUUCAGUCACAUCAGCAGUGGCUGAAGAACUGGGAGUUCGACAGUAUGAUGGAAGAUCUGAUUUUGGUUCAGGUCAGUCUAAGGCUGGAGGGCUAGCCGCCAAUGGCCAAGGGAAACCAAAGAAGGGAAGAACUGCCUCGUCAGCGAGAGAUGGAAAGAGAAUCAGGCCAUCAAGUGAACAAGAUUUUGAUGAUGAAGAUGAUCCUGAUAUGAACUUGAGAUAAGUUAACAAGUACUUAUACUGUAACUGUAUUCCGUUGUAACAGUGAGGGGAAUUCUUAAUAGUUAGUCUAGGUAGUUUAGGGUUUAGGUGAUGCCGAAAGCAGUCUUUAGGAUGGCUGUAUUGCGUAUGAAAAAUAUAGCGAAUCUAGAGGUGUCAUGUAUAAUUUAUUUUGUAGAAUUUCCCCCCCUUUGAAUCUUUAUUGUUUCGAUUGCAUUGUGUUUAUUAUAUUGACAUUUUCGAGAAAUAUGUAAAGUUUGGAAAGAAAAUCCAGCUAAGCUCCAAUUAUAAUCUCCAAUUACAACUUAAUUCUUUGUAAUUUUGUACCCAUUAUCAGGCAGUGAUUGAAGAUACUGGAGUUUUAGGAGGCUCGGCUGGUUGAGGUUGGUUUAAGCUGAUGGCACAAAGUAAUCUGUACAGGUUAAGGUGAAAGACUAGUUCAUUUUCUCUAUCGAAUCUGUUUCCUCUUUCCCUGAAUGAUUCCAUUCUCAUUCAUAUUUUCUUGUUUGGUAAAACUAAACCAAGUUCUUCAAGCUAUGAAGUGUGGUAACAUUAUAACUCUUCUCUGUAUCAAACAAGAAAUUGACCUAGCAACUCAAAUCCAGGCUUCAGUACAAAAGUUGGGUUUGGGCGUCGGUCAGUUUUGCGGGCAGCCCAAUAUCUAUUUUAUGGGUUAAAUGACUGGAUUGGGAGGGCCAUUAUCUUCAUGUGUCUCUUUUUUUUUUAUAUAUGGUAUAUCAAGUUUUGUUUUGAUCAAACCUUCUCUCCAAACAAUAGU